AUGGCGAAUAAAUUGAUUUCUGAUGCAUUGAAGGCCCUUAUUUCUGAUGAAUUGAAUGACUUAAUGACCAUCGUGCAAAACGGGUGCAGAGGCCAUAAAGAACUAGAGCAAAAAUCUUUCAUCCUCCAGAAAAUCCAAGCAGAUAUUCAGGACGAAGAGGCGAAAUCCCUCAAAUCAAUGGAAAGAGGUUCUGAGGGCUGGAAAGCAAAGCAUGCCGAUUUUCUAAAGCUGAAAGACCUGGUCUACGAUGUUGAAGACCUCAUAGACAUAUUAAUUUCCGAGGCUCUCACUUCACAGAUUCAACAACAUGAAGGCCACUUCGUUGUUUCUCGGAUUGGCACCAGGGCUUUCCAUGCCCAAACCCAAAUUGAUGAUGAACAGGGGAGCAAUGGUCUGGUUGCCCGAACUAGUGACAAGGUUCGCAAAUCCUUAACCCUUUUUCGUGAUUUCUUUCCCUUGAGAAAGAUUCGUCUUAACAGUGAGAUUGGUGAGUUGAAAGCUAAAAUAGAGACGAUAUCCCAAAAGGAGGUGGAACCCUCUUCUGGGUUUAGGGUCUAUUCUGAAGACCCAAAAUCUUUUCCUGAGAUACACGUUUUUGGGAGGAAGGCUGACAAAUUGGAUAUAAUUGAAAUGUUAUUGUCAGAUGAAGAGGAGAUUGAGCAGGCAUUUCCUGUGAUUUCUGUUCUUGGUCCAGUGGGUAUUGGGAAGACGACCCUAGCUCAACUUGUCGCCUGUGAUGAGAAGGUGAGGGAGCAUUUUGAUAUCAGAAUGUGGGUUCCUGUUGGUGAUUGUGAAGGUUCUGAUUUUGAUGCGGAAGGGGUUUCUAAGUUAAUUUUAGAAUCUGCAAACUUCACAUCAUCUGAUGGCUCUGAUCCCUCACAGUUUCUACAAGAAUUUGUGACAGGGAAGAAAUUUUUCCUUGUUUUAGACGAUGUGUGGGCUGAGGAUGUCAAUAGGGUGUUGCUAUGGAUAAAAACCCUUCAAACUGGACAUAAGGGAAGCCGGAUUUUGGUCACGACCAGAAGUGAGAAGGUGGCGAAUGAAUUGGGCACACCUUACUUGUUGCAGCCUCUGGACAAGAACUCUAUCUAUCGUCUGUGUGGAUGUUUGGCAUUCUGGCACAGUGGAGUUUUUUUGAAGGGCGAUUUCGACCAGGACAGCAAGUUUAAGGAGCACUUCCACAGGGAGAUGUUUAAGAAAACUGGUGGAUUUCCUCUGUUUGCUAAGGCUUGGGGGGGCAUUCUUCUUUUGGAGGAUACGAAAGGAGGAUGGAAAUCUAUCAUGGAAUGUGAGAUUUGGGAUGCUUCCAGAUAUGGGAUGUGGCAACAAAACCCUCAGCAUAAUGUGUGGAAGGAUGUAUUACAGACUUCUGUAUCGAGUUAUGUUCGCUUGCCUGCAUAUCUGAAAAGGUGCUUCAAGUACUGUUCACUAUUCCCGAAAGGAUUCUGGGUCGAUAAGGAAGUGUUGACCCAGUUAUGGAUGGCUGAAGGUUUUAUCAAUCAUGAGAAAAUUGGUGGGGAUUAUUUUGAUGAACUGUUGUCACAAACUUCUUUCUUUAAGGACAUAGAGAGAGAUGACAAUGGUAACAUAGUUAGAUGCAAGAUGUAUGAGCCAUUACAUGAUAUUGUUCGUUACAUAGCAGAGGAUGAAUGCUCUGUUAUGACAGAUGGAACCUUCAAAGGACCCCCAUUGACUUCAAGUACCCGCCAUUCAUCAUUGCAUUUUUUAGAGAAGACAAAGCCUAUUCUCAGCUCAUUGGACAAAGCUAACAAAAUGCGCACCCUUUUAUGUUUCGGGAAUCCGAGCUACCUCAGAGUGCCAGGUGAUUUCUUCUCUCAUUUGAAGUUUCUUCGUGCAUUAGAUUUGAGUCUACCUCUAAUAGAGGAGUUGCCACAUUCUGUUCGUACAUUGAAACAAUUAAGGUACCUUAAUUUAUCUUAUACACGAAUCAAGAAGCUUCCUCCAUUCAUAUGCAAUCUUUAUUUGCUUCAAACCUUGAAGGUUUCUCAUUCACUACUCCAUGAAUUGCCCAAAGGGAUUUGGAAGCUUCAAAAGUUGAGGCAUCUGGAAAAUGAUGCCACUCCCAUGAAUCAUUUACCACAUGGGAUUGGAAGAAUGAAUAAAAUGCAGACGUUGAGUGAGUUCAUUGUGGGAGGUGAGAAUAGCACUGGAGAGCUAGGGAAACUCACACAUCUCCAAGGAAACUUAAUUAUUAGUAAUAUGGAGAGAAUUAAUGAUAUGGAUGAUGCUGGAAGAGCAAAUUUAAAAGGGAAAGAAGGUAUAGUUUCUCUAGUUUUGGAUGGCAAGAAACAUCUGUGCCCACAAAAUUCAGAUUGCAAGAGGCGUUGCAAUUCUUUGUUAUUGGUGCAUAUGUAUAAGGAGGCUAUGGUGUCAAAAGAUUGCAGUGCUAGUGAGAUGGAGAGGGUGGCAGAAGUGUUUGAAGGCAUCAACCCCCAUAAAAACUUGAGAAGAUUGGAAAUAUGGAACUAUAUGGGAUCCAAGUUUCCCAAAUGGCUCGAGGAUGCAUCACUUGUGAAUCUUGUCUCUUUGAAAUUUUGUAAAUGCCUGAAUGUGGACCAUUUACCCCUCCUGAAAGGUGAACUUCCAUCCCUUAAGUUCCUCCAUAUAUGUGAAAUGGAUCGGAUUAAAAUUAUAGACCGCUGUGACCUAAAGGGAUUUCCAAAGCUAGAGAAACUAUUUUUGGAGAAAAUGCCUUGUUGGGAGACGUGGAAACUGGAAACAAAGGAAGGGGAAAGCCCUUGUUUCAUGGAACUGAUACUUAGUAAUUGUCCCAGUUUGAAAGUACUUCCAGCCCUGCCAGUAACAUUGAGGAAAUUAGCGAUUCGUAAUUGCCCAGCCAUUUGUCAUUAUAAACCUUUUCCACCUCUGGAAUACCUUGCGCUGAAAGGUAAUGUUGGAAGUCUACAUUCUAUACCAGAAAUUCCCCAGCUCAAGUCAUUGACAAUUGGGUCAUUGCCAGAAGUAAAUUCUUUACCAAGAGGGCUACACCAACUCAGGGAACUUAGGACACUGAAUAUCCACUUUUGCCCCAAGUUAGUUUCAUUGCCUAAUGAGCUGCAACAACUCACUAAACUUCAAGAAAUAAAUAUGGCUGGGUGUCAAGUUUUGACAGAGCAGUGGCAGAAGGGGAUAGAGGAAGAUUGGUCUAUGAUAGCUCGUGUUCCUGAUAUAGAGAUGGACAACGAAAAAUAUCCUCCAUCAAGUCCAACUGUCAACAAACUUCCUGCCUUCAUAAGGAAGCCUGAGGUAUUACGCAAUGAUGCUGUCGAUGGUGAAGAGUGA